CGUCUGAAGAUGGCUGAAGGAGAAGGCUGGUGGGGAGGCUGGCUGCAACACAGUUACCAGGCCGUCAAAGACAAGGUGCUACACGCAACAUGUCUCCCUAAUUCGACGGAGGCCUUAGAAUUCCUGAAGCGAGAUCUGACCGAGUUUUCCACCGUCGUGCAACAUGACACAACCUGCUCAAUUGUUGCUACAGCCACGGCUGUCAGAAACAAACUUGCUGUGGAAGGGUCUUCAGAGACAACAGAGAAGGUGAAGAAGAGUCUGUCUAGUUUCUUAGGGGUGAUAACAGACACACUAGCUCCACCUCCUGAUAAAACCAUUGAUUGUGAUGUCAUCACAUUGGUGGCUACGCCAACAGGAACCACAGAGGUUUACGACAGUUCUAAGGCUCGUCUCUACUGUUUGCAAGCCGACCCGGCUACAUACUGCAACGAACCUGACGGUCCACCAGAGCAGUUUGACAGCUGGCUGUCCACCUUCAGUCUGAAUGAGAAGAAAGGAGAAAUCUCUGAGCUUCUGGUCAACAGUCCCUCUAUACGAGCACUUUACUCCAAAAUGGUGCCUGCUGCCGUGUCCCAUUCAGAGUUCUGGCAGAGGUAUUUCUACAAAGUCUUCCAGCUGGAUCAGGAGGAGGCGAGGAGAGUGGCGCUGAAGCAGAGGGCCGAGCAGAGCGCUCACACGGAGACGCUGGGCUGGGAAGAGGAAGAGGAGGAUGACUUCCUCGGCACAACGUCAUCAUCUCAUCUCAGCUUAACCCCCCCUGCAGACAUCUCACCCCGCGCCCCCAGCACCUCCACAGCCCACCCCGGGGAGACUCUCCUGAGCCCCGGCCUGAGCCCCGCCCUGUCUCCCAGCGACGAGCAAGAUGCCACCCUCUCCGCCAGCAGCGUCAGCCUGCCCACGGAAGUGGAGGUGCUGGCAGCGCCUGCAACCACGGAGCUCGCCAAGAAAGUGACAGAAGUUACCUUGGAGGAUCCCGUCAACAAGACGCCGGACGAGCAGAGGCCCGACAAGAGGGACUCUCCUCAGAAGGCUCGAGCUGAAGCCACGACGCGACAAGAUGCGGUCGUGCCGCGAGACUCCGCCUCCAAGCAAGCGGAGAACGCAAAGGAGGAGGGGCCGCAGGACCUGAGGGUGUUUGAGCUGAACUCUGACAGCGGCAAGUCCACGCCCUCCAACAACGGAAAGAAAGGGUCAAGCACGGAUGUGAGCGAGGACUGGGAAAAAGAUUUCGACCUGGACAUGACAGAAGAGGAGGUCCAAAUGGCUCUCUCUAAAAUGGAGGAUACUGGAGAGCUGGAUGAAGACUGGGAGAACUGGGACUGAGAGCUCCUGCAACAUGAACUGUGUCCUGCUUCUAUAAAGCUAGUUCUCGGCAGACGAACCAUGCUUAUCGUGUUUUAACUCUUUGUCCACACAGUCACCAUGUCAUGAUUGUCAGUAGGGGAUUUUCUGGACCAUACUGGUUGAACUGUUGAAUAGAGCAACAGGAAGACCACGGCAAUAAGAAUUAGAGUGCUUUGUCAGCUGUCAGAUUAGUGCAGAUAGGCCUCUAGCGGGAAUGUUGACUCGGGUCUUGGAGGAACUUCUCACUUGUCUGACACAAGUCUAGGACGGGUUGCGAUCAGUCUGACCUUUAAAAGUGAAGAACAUGCAGUGACGAGCUGGAAUGUUGAGGUUUCACUGCAGCAGCUGUCGGAGAGGAGCUGGGCUUUUUUUUUUUUUUUCUCCGUUUUUCUUUAAACCAUUAAAUGCAUCUUCUAAGUUGAGUGUAUUUCUUGUCGAUAAUUUAAAUGUGAGCUGCAAAAUAGCCAUAAACUGUAAUGCUGCUUGCCACCUUUUUAAGAUGAAAUGCAUUGGAAGGUUUUUUUUUGUCUUUUACUGGGGAUAAGCUUCACCUCUGUCCCUGUCUUUCUUUUUUCCCCUUUUGUUUUCCCUCGUUAUUAUGCAAGAGAGUCCUCAAAAUGGAAAAAAUAUUUUGGCCUUCAUAGAAAAAGCACUUUUUCGUUGUGGAUUCACUUCUAACUCAAGAUAUAUGGCCUUUCGGAGCACACGCAGUCGUGUGAAAAUGUCACCCAAAUGUUUACUUUAGGUUAUGAGACAAACAGUUAACCUGUAAUUGUUAGUUUCCCUGCUCCCCCUCACUUUGUGAUAUCCAUCCACCCUUUUUCAUCAUCCGCUUCAUCCUGUUCAGGAUCAUUGAGCGAGAGACGGGGAGCACUGGACAAGUCACGAGUGUGUUUUGCAUCAUACAUGCGCUUGGUGUGGGCCACUUUUAAGUGUCAGUCCUGUGAGUUUUGCUGAUUUUAUGUGGGUAGAUUGCAGUUUUUUCACCAACUGUCCCUUGAGUGAGACGUCAUAUUUGACAUAAACAGAAUCCCGACUGGUCACAAUCCCAUACUAUCAGUUUUAUUAGCUUUAAUUUAAGAGUAGCAUUGGAAAAAAAUGACAAAUCUGCAACAUUUUAAGUUUCUCUGUCAGAAAAGCUUAGCGAGCUACCGUGCCAAGCAUACCGAGCUUUGUGAGCAUGCACCGUGCUCUUAUGAUUUAUUUUUUUUCCGUCAUCUGUAACGUUAACCAGAAGAGUAAACUUAGAGGUGUAAUAUUUAUACUAAAAUAAACGCUUCAUUAUUGUAAUUAUGUGCUUUUGAUUGCAUGUCUGUGCAAUAACAUUAUGCAAAACAUUGUGCAGAUGUUGAGUUGUAUGUUUUGGGCCGAUCUUCAGGUUUUUGUGUUCAGACAACGUGUUGCAUGUCUCAGCUGUGUAUUUCCUUCAGAUUCACAUGUUGAACUAAUAAGAGCUUUUCUACAAAGUUCUGUUUUUAGAGCUGCCGGUUCUUUUCUUUUCUUUUUUUUUCUUCUUUUUUUUUCUGUUGAGGCAAGUACUUCACUACAUUUUUCAAAGGAUCAUCAUCAUUAAAAGAUUCAUGGCUAAUGGGA